CGUUCUGGUCGCCCGGGUCAGUCCGCCAGGUGCGGGCCUGCAGGACUAACCGUUCUGUCGGUGGGGUCCUCCCGCAUCGUUUUCAACGUAGCUUCCCUGGUCCCCUCUGGGUCUGUUCGUCUGUCUACACGGGAGCCCCCGGGUGCCGCCAAGCUCGCUGUCCCUUGUUGGGGAGUCCUGUCGCAGAUUCUCAAGCAACGGUCCAGAGGACGACCAGAGGAAAAAUCAAGCAAUGCCUUCUACUAGGCUCAUUCCCAAAUGGAAUCAGUUUUUGCUCUCUGUGAAUGAAGCCAUUCAAAAAACCAAGAAACCGUCGGUGGAUGAAAAGAGCGAUGCAGUUGUGCUGAGUGACCGAUCCAAGAUACUGUUCAAAGAGUCUCGAUAUCCUCAGCCAAUGCCGCGCAUUUGCCAUUAUUUCGUUGAAGCCGACUUCUUUGCCUCCCUCUCCUGGGUGACGACCUACACGAAAGAAACACUGGCUGUAGUGUGGAUGAAGAACAAAACGGACGACAUGGUUGAAAAGAGAACGUUCCUGAUGACUGAGGGAUUGCCACCCAUCCAGUCAGUAGUCCACACAGGGUCCUUUCAUCUCAUAGUGACCUACUGUGGCGACAUGAUUCUGAGGCUCUUUGGGGACCAUUUUAGGGCAUUUAAACCCCUGUGUACUGUGCCCUGCCGCUUUGAUAUCAGCUGUCUCUGCUAUGAUCCAGAAACACAGAUGCUUCUGUCUGGCAUCGUCGGGGGAGUGGUCACCUGGACCAUUGAACUAAGUGGAAAGGGUCUAGAAAUGGUACAGAUGUUUCCCAUACCUGGUGAUGAGCUGGUCCAGAAUAUCGUCCUGAAUGGCCCCAAAGGCUGCCUUGUUGCUCUGUGUGAAACUGUGCUGAGAGUCCUUGAUCGCCAGGGCUUCGGUCGCCUGGUCGAGGUGCAGAGGUUCACAGCCGCUAACAGUGGCUCGCCCAUCACCUGCUGCCUCGUCGGUGUUGACACGAACCUCAUCUACGCUGGGAACAAGGCUGGGGAAAUCCAUGUAUGGAACCUGAGCAAGAGCCUGUCUCUGCACAGCUUUAGGGCCCAUCCCUCACUAGUGGUGUGUAUACACAACCGGUUAGAGGCCCACACCCUGUUGACAGCCGGCAAGGAAGGCGUAAUCAAGGAGUGGAAUCUUACCUCAGGGAACCUGCUUCGGCGACUUGAACUUGGUGAGGUACUCUACAGGCUCGAGUUCAUCGACAACAGUACUUUCUUCUGCCAGACGACUCAUAAUUUUUCCUUGUACCGUCUGCCCUGCUUUUACAGCCUCUUCAACGUCUGUGGUUCUGCUCCCCAACAGUUACGUCGAAUCUACUGUAAAGACAACUGCUUCCGGAUCUUGUGCACCACUGAAGAUGGCCUGUUGCGCUUUUUGUCUCCUAUAACAGGGGAUCUCUUGGUUAUCACCUGGCCUUUCUCAGUCCUCGACAGGGCUGUGGAUUGGGCCUACGAUCCGGGGAAAGAGGAGCUCGUGGUGGCGACAGGCACCUCAGAGGUGCUGGUGUUUGACACAAGCCGCAACCCUUGCCCAGUCAAGUAUCUGUUGUGCACCUCACCAGAUGUUCAGGACUUUGUCCAGUGCCUGGCUUAUGGGAAUUUCCACCUGGGGCGGGGGCUGGAAGGACUGAUAUUCUCUGGGCAUCAGAGUGGAACGAUAAGAGUGCUUUCCCAGCACAGCUGUGCCAGAAUCGAGAAAGUCAUGCACUUUGGGGCCGUGCUGGCUCUGUCAGCACUCUAUGGAGGGAUUUUGAGUAGCCGAGAAAACUCUCUCCUUUGUUCCUAUGGGGUAGAUGACUACAUCCAGCUGUCAGAGGCCGUGCUCACUGGGACCAGAUUACAGCUGCGGACCCUGGCUAGCAUUCUCAGCAGCUGUCACCUAAAACACCUGGUCCUCCUACCAAAGGCUGUAGGUGCCAUUACAGACACCAACUGCCUACGGCUCUGGAAGUUCCACGAUUUCCUGUCCUUUGAGACCAAACAAGGUACCCGAUUCAUAGAGACAUUGCCUCUGCACCAGUGCACCAUCACCUCCUUUGACGUCUGCUUGCCCUUGAGUCUCUUUGUCACAGGUGGCUCCGAUGGCUCUGUCCGCAUCUGGGACUUCCAUGGGAAACUUAUAGCCAUGCUGGACUCAUCGCUGCAGUUUGGCGCACUCUGCUUUGCAAAUGACCGGGCUGACCUGCUGGUGACUUUCAACCAGAGUAUUUAUCUGGUGUCCUGCUUAGAAUUGCUCCCCACAUCCAUGCUCUCUCACCUUGCCCUUAUGAGCAUAACAGAUGACAUGGUAGAAAUCCCAGUUCCUUUUGCACCAAGCUUCUUCUUAUCCUUUGAGACCAUAUUUGUGCCUAAGUAUAGCUACCAAGAUCAACGGAGACAGGACCUAGAAGGCCUAGCAAGCCUUGUCAAUAAGCGGGCCAUUGCCUUUGACCUUCUUGUGCCACAUGUCAUAGAAGAAGAAGACGAUGGGAGCACUGUGUUACUGAGCACUCCCAGGCAUGAUUCUUUGGAGGGAACUGACUUGGCGAAGACGAGCAAGCAACCCCAAAGUCAUUAUGUGUCUCCUCCUCAGUUACAUAUGACAGCCUGGGACGGACUCAACCCCUAUCAGAUCAUACGCUGCUACUUUGGUCAGGGAAAGAAAUGGCUUAUUGCUCCUGAUUGCUACAUCCCCAAUUCAGUGAUCCGUGCCCGUCUUUGGCCAGAGGGCUGCCCAAUAUUCCUACAGUGCAGCCUGCACUCACCACAGCGGGAUCUGGACUGGGAAAAGGAUCAGCCAUUCUUCUGGCACAGCAGGAUAAGAGCUACAAGUAAAACAGAUCGUGUUCUGGAGAAAGAGGAUGAAAGCUUCCUAGAAAUGAGAUUAACUAAGGACAUCACUUACAGUGUCCUAACAGAUGCAGCAAAUCGCAGUUGGCUGGGGAAAAAGAUGAGUGAACUAGCCAUUAGUAGCCUGAUUGAGGCAAUUCUCAGCAUUAUGACCCAUGCCAACCCGCUGAAGUACCAAUGCUGUAUUGGUGCAUUAGGACAAAUCUUCGCCGCUUACCAGGUGUCCCCAACCCUGCGCUCUGAGACAGCACACCGUCUGCUAGACGACACAACCCAUUCCAAUCCAUUUAUCCGAGAACUAGCCUGGGAAGGGCUGAAGCGUCUGGGGAUGAUUACUCAUCUCUUUGCUUUGCCUCUGGCCCAGGGAUUAAUGGACAAGGACCCAAGAGUGAGGAAUAAAGCCAUGACCCUCAUGCCUGAGAUUGGAAUCCAUUCAAAGAGCUCACUCUUACACCUCAUGCAGAAACCAGACAUUUUCCGGGAUCUGCAGCAAGAGAUGAUUGGGGAGGAGUCCCUGGACCAUCUUCUGGGGAUGCGGCCCACAGACAUUCAAAUCCUCAUUACUCAAGUAGAACGGCGAUUACAUGAGAACCUGUCAAUGUCUAAAUAUGAUAAAAAGCCUGAUUUAUUUUCAGAUCUCCCAGGGCUUACUGCACCUAGUAAGUCCACUUCCUUGCUAGGUAUCUCAGCUCUGGCAGAACCCGAGGUCAAGCCCAGCAAAAGCCAAAGACGGGUCCGAACAGCUGGUAAAAAGCAUGCCCGGAAGGUGUUGCGAGGUCUCAGAAAAGCAAAGGAAGCAGCUAAACAGAGGAGAGAAGAGGAGACCAUCGAUCAGGGUGAGGCUGAACAGGCGGAGGAUCUCACAGCUGGGAGCCCGGUAAAGAGCCCCAAAGACACUGACGUUUCCGAGAAAGAUCUCUUAAAGGAUCACAUUUCUGUAGCCAUGAAAUUGAAGAAAAGGCUGAAAAUCUCAGACAAGAAAGCUCUAAAACUCAGCAAGCGCAAGAAGAAAAAAAUUGAAUCUGAAGUUGCAGUCGUGGGUGAGGAAAUCUUGCCUCCUGUGGUGGAACAUCCGCCACUGAGGAGAAGGCCAGGAACUUCCAAGCGGGGAAUUGGGGGGACUCCUGGUAGGGUUCUCACUGCAGAUAGUGAGUGGCGGGAUGACCUCUGUCGGCUCAUGAACCUGAGGAUAGCUGGUUCCCAGACUCAGAUGAUGGACGACCUCAGCAAUGAACUACUGGCUACUGCCCAGGAGGUGCUGCUGGGCAAGCACCCGAGCUGGGAACUCUUCAGGGAGAUCUGCCCGCUGGUGGAGGAAGAAGAGAGAGGUGGGGCUGAGGAGGGAUGGGAAGGGGCCUCGCAAGAGGAAAAACUAGUUUUUCUUCAGGAGGAGGAGGAGGAGGAGGGGGAGGAGGAAGAAGAAAAAUCAGUUUUUCUUCAUGAAGAAGAAGAAGAGGAGGAGGAGGAGGAGGAGAUGCCAGAAAAAGACCAGGAAACAAAGGAGGGGGAGGGAGGGACUCACAAAAAGGGCAGAAAGAAAGAAGUGGCCUUCCUAGAGCCAGGCGAGUCGGUCAGAGGCAGGGGGAAGCUCAGGAAGGAGGGGAAGAAGGCCAAGAAGGCGGCCAAGCAGGAGAAAAUGAAAGAAGGUCUGAAAGAGAAGACGGUCUCCAAGGAGGAGCUGACGGUGAGUCUAAGAUUAGAGGAAGUGGCGGAAGGAGAAGAGGAAGUGGCCGAAGGAGAAGAGGAAGUGGCCGAAGCAGAAGAAACACCAAAGCAGGAAGAGAGAAGGCUGUCUUGGCAAGAGUGGAAGAAGUCUUGGGAUGAGUGGCAGAAAGUCCAGCUUCAAAGGUCAAUAGCUUGGGAAGAAUGGAAGAAAGAGUGGGACAGGAAGCUUUUGGAAGAACAGGAGAAACUCCGGGCUCAAGGCAAGCUACAGCCCGAGCCACUGCCGAGUGAGGGAGUAGAGGAAGUGGAGAAGAAGAGGCUGAAUUGGGAUGAAUGGAAACAGGUCUGGGAAAAGACCUUAACGAAGACCAAAGCGGAGAUGGAGUUGGAUAUGGGGGAAGCGCUGUCCGAAGAGUCAGAGGAGUCUGAGGCAGAAGGCGAAGAAGAGCUUCUCACAGAAGAGCAGAAACUGAUCCGAGAGGCGCAGAGAGAGGCCAGGGCACAGUGGAAACAAGCCCGAGCUGAAAGAGAGCGGGCCAGAGAGCAGAGCUUGCUAGCAAAAGAAGAGGAGAAGCUUGCACAAGAAGAGAAAAGGCUGGCCCAGGAAGAGAGAAAACUGGCCCAAGAGUAUGUGAAAAGGGUUGCCGCCAGGGGCCAACUGCCCUAUUCAGAGAUGGCCCUGGGUGAGAAAGAGGAGAAGCUGGCGCAAGAAGAGGAGUUUCUAAGUCAACAAGCGGAGCAGCUGGCCCAGAAAAAAAGAAAACUGGCCAGGAAGUUGGAGAAACUGGCCCGUGAAGAAGAAAGGGUCGCCAAGAAAAUGGCAAAAGUGGCCGAGGUGAAUGUAGUGCUGGCCCAGAAAGUGGAAGCCAUUGCCCAGAAGGAGCUGAAUCUGGACUGGCAGGAAAAGCAGCUGAAAGAAGAGGAGAAGAGCCUGGAGUGGGACAGGCGGGAGCUGGCCUGGAAAGAAGAUGAACUCAACGAGGAAGAAGAACAACUGGACGAGAAGAGGGAGACGCUGUUGGAGGAGGAGAAGAUGCUGGACUGGUACGAGGAGAAUCUGACCAUGGAGGAGAAGAUGCUAGCCCAGGAGGAAGAAUUGCUGAUGGAGGAAGAGAGAGAACUGGCCCAGAAGGAAGACAGAACGCUCGAGGAGGAGACACUGUUGGAGAGAAGGGAGAGACUGAGGGAGAGGAGAGGAAAGCUGGCCCAGGACAAGGAGGGAAUGGCCCGGAAAAAGAAAGAACUGGGAGAAAAGAAGAACAAACUGGCCCAGGCAGAAGCAACUCUGGCCCAAGAAAAGCACAUGCUGCUUCUGGAGAAGGAGAGAUUGGCUGAGAGGGAAACGGCUCUCCAGGACAAUGAAGACAAGCUCCUCAAGGGGAGAGAGCAGAUACAGGACACAAAGUACAAACUGGAGACGUACAAGGAGAAGCUGGUUCAUGUAGCGAAGAGACUGGAGGAGGAGAAACAGGACCUACAGCAGAAGAGAGAGAAGCUGGCGGAAGCCGAGAGGAAACUGGAGGAGGCAGAUAUGAUUCUGGCGGAAAAACAAGGGAAAUUGGCCCAGGAAAAAAUGAAGUUUGCUGAUGAAAUGAAGGUGUUAAUGGAGAAAAGCAAACUUUUCAGAGAGGAGGCUGAGAUUGCCGAAGAAGGGAUGGCACUGACCACGGAAAUGAAGAAGCUGGCUGAGGAGAAGAUGAAGCUGGCAGAGGAGGCAGAACUGCCCUCCAGGAGAGGGACCAGAGAAGAAAUCGUGAAGCGGAGAAGGCUGACUGAGCAUGUCGUCAGCCUGAUGAAGAAGAGGGUGUCACUGGAGGAGAAGAUUCUGGUGUACGAGGACAGACUGCUGGCUACGAAGGAAAAGAACCAUGCCAGAGAGAAACUGGAGCUUUCCAGAGGACAGAGGAUGCGUGCCCAUGAAGAAAGGAAGUUAGCCAGAGCAGUAAGGAAAAUGGGUAAAGAGAGGGGUGUUUCCAGGGAGCUAGCCCAAUCCAGAAAAUCCUUAAAGGCACUUCAAAAGCUCGUCAGCAAAGAAAGGAAAAUGACCCAGAAAGAGACAAAGAUAACAAAGAUUAAACGGUCACUGUUGGUUAAGGAGGACAGGCUAAGUGCGGAGGAGAAUCGACUCGAUGUGAAGGAGUUGGAUGCGUCUGAAGAACAACCAGAAGUAAUCAAGGAUGAGAAGAAGCUGGCUAAGAUGCAGAGACGUCUGGCCAAGCAAAUGAGAAGGCUGGACAGACAGGAGCAAAGAGUGGCCGAAGAAGAGAGUGAAUUUGACUAUCAGGUAGAGUUCUCAGAGGAGGACGAAGACCUUGAGGCAGAGGAAGAAGAUCUCAACGUUGAAAAACUGUGGAGAAAGAGAACAGCCUCGAUGGAACCUCUUCCUGGAACUGGGAAGUUUUAUGAUCUAUUAGAACAGGUAGUCCAUAAAGAGAGCUUUUCCAAGGAAAUGGAAAGCCUGUUAGAUGAAGUAGACGUAGAGCGAGAGAGUUUGUAUGAGGAAGAGAGGGAAGAGUGGGAGGAAGAAGAAGAGGAGGAAGAAGAGGCAAGGGAGCAGAAAGAAGAGGUGGAGGAGGAGGUGGAGGAGGAGGAGGAAGAGGAAGAGAAGGAAGUGGAGGAGAAGAGAAAAAAGAGAAAAAAGAAGCGGCGAAAGGUAGUGGGGCAGGAGAAAGAGAAGGAGGAGAUAGAAAAGGAAGAGAAAAAGGUGAGGAAGGCACAUGAGGAGGAAGAGGAGGAAGAGACCGAAGAAAGCAUGAGUGAGGAAGAGAUGGAGAGUGUGAGUGAAGAGGAAGAGGAAGAGGAGAAACACAGAUUGGAAGAGGCGAGGGAGGAAGAGGUGGUCAAAAGAGAGAAGCCUCUGCCUCCACCGCUCCUACAAAGAAGGGAACUGUUCCCUCCCAUUGGACGAGGACUCUCUGAGCUCAGAGGGAGUGCUAUGAGGCUGGGGCCGCUGAAAAGCCCUCUUGAAAAACCGACUCCAGUAGCUGAUGAGGCGGAAAGGAAGAGGCCGUCGCUACUAGAAGUGAAGGAGCAAACGUUGGGGGAAGAAAUUGCUCCUGUAUUUGAACCGUCCAAGAUAUCCCUAAGGACAAUGUUGAUGGAUAAACAGAGGGAACUGUUGGAGAAAUAUAAACUGGGACCUCCACACCUUUCGGAUGCAGUCUCAGAGUAUGAACCGCCAGCCGUGAUGAAACCACUCACGUCUCAAGUGGUUAGAAGGGCCGUACAAACUCACAGAGUCCAACACGAAACAUCACAAACCAAGUGGCUUGUGAAGCAUCAUCCUCCGGCAAGACAAGCAACGGGACAGGUGCCUCUCCCUGAAAUCUUGACAGAGGAACAACAUCCAGAGGCAGGCAUCUCAAACUUAGAAUGGGUGUACAAAGUCUUAGAAAAGAUGGCGGCAGGAGAAGAGCUUCCUAGAGAUAGUUUCCACAAAUUGUGUCAGCUCCUCAGAGACCUCACCUCAACGGGAAACCUGGAGUGGUUACACCUGGCCAUACUCGAAGCCAUCGUGCACCGCCACAAGCAGAUUGUGGACUCUCGAAGCACAGUGACUUCCAAACCUAGCAGGGAACCCAUGAGCCCCAAACACCUGAAAGUGAUUCCUCCUAUAAAGGGAAAGGAAACGAAAAGCUGGCAGAAACCUUCAGCUGUCUCCAUACCGGGGUCUCCACUAGCUACCAAGGGGGUUACAGACCCAAAGGCUGUAUACUGGCAUCUUCUAGGAGAGCCGUACAGAAGUGCACGGAUGCAGCAUUUAUCCAGUGUUCUUGAGGAAAUGGAGACACAAUCUUUUGAUCCUACCACAGGAGAUAUUUUGGCCGGUGCCCAUUCUUCCAUGAACAAACAAACCUUGGCACUGAUGUUUCAAAAGGACCUCGGGGAUCUUAAAGGUAAAAGCAGGUAUCCCAAACUGCCUAAGUUGGAGAAAAAGCCUCUCUCAAAAAAAAAGGAAGAGGUGCCUCCAUGGGAGACGUUUUUGGCGCUCUACCAUGUUUUGCAGAUGCUACAGCAGCGGUAUGCCAAAGACAUGACUACUUGGAUGGAAAAGUUUUACCAGCUCAUGGACCUGUACCAGAUUAAGUCCCCCCGAAUCCAGAGGCUGCUGCAGGACCUGCUACUGAGAAAACCGCCCCAGUCCCAAGAGUUCGUCUCCAAGGAGACUCUCGGGGCCGUGGAGCUAGUGCCCGGGGAGCGGCUGUUCUACUGCUUGGUUUGUGGUGGCUCCCAUCCCCGAAAAGUCCCUCUGGAGUUCCGGGAAGUGGUACCUCUCCCUGAGCAGAAUAAUGUGCGCACCAUUCAUCCCAAAGGCAUUGCCAAGUAUGGGAUCCUUGAACUUGCCUGGAAGAGCCUGCCCCAAGCUGAUAUUCACCUCACCAAGAAAGCACCCCACCUUAUGGUUCCCACUCCCUAACUUGGGACUGGCUACCCAUGUUAUUGUUCCCACUCCCUAACUUGGGACAGACUAAAUGUCAAGAGUUUUAAUUCUCAAAUGGAGAAAGGCCUGGUCAUCAGAAACUAGACCUUUAUCUCCAAAGCCCACACAGAGGUAGAGCAAGGUCGAAGUUGUCGUUGGUUUUUUUUUCCCCCCUACCCAACUCUAGAAGCCAGUUUCUGUAUGUGGAAUAAAGAGAAGAUUCUUAUUUGCAACAAA